AUGUACAGUAGAGGAAAUUGGAGUUCAAAAGUCCCUGAUGUUAGUAGUUCACAAGUUUCUGAGUGGCUGCGCUAUGGACUGAUCAUCUGUGAGAAAAAUAUUAUGGCAAAGCCUUAUGUGAAGGUCAUAGUUGUGGUCCUUUGCCUGAAUUUUACUGGAUUGUCAGAGAGCAAAUCACAGCAGACCGGUGUUGGUAUCUAUUACAGAUCUGACUGCUGGUGGGAUGGGAAGUUCAUGAUGAAUUGCUCUUUCAUUGGGAAAUCUACUAUCCCCAAAGACAUUCAAACAGUAACAAUAGUUGAUUUAAGUUAUAAUAAUAUUACUACCUUACUCUGGUCUAACUGGAGAGAUGAAAAAUGGAAUAUGAAAUAUCUGAAUCUCAGUAAUAACCUGAUUUCUAAGCUAUCUUUAAAUAAAAACAGAAAACCAUUUUUACCAGACAAAAUUGGGCUUUACGUGUAUGUUAUCCAAAUUGAUCACAGUGGUUUUCAGAACUGUUCCCAACAAAAGAACGUCUACUUACAGAUCAACAGGAUAACCAAAAUUCAUCCAGAUGCCUUCAAGAAUCUCAAAAACUUGCAGGUUGUUAACCUCAGCAACAAUGCUAUGACAACCCUUCUAAAAGCAAUAUUCAUUGACUUGAACAUACUUCAAUGGGAAGUGGAUUUAUCAAACAAUCCCUGGAUAUGUGACUGCAGGCUCAUUGCUUUCAAACAUUUCAUUAGUUUUCUUUCUGAAUCCUUGAGGAAAAAGUGGAGUAUCUUAUGCAAUGAACUGAAAAUUGCUGUCCCAACAGGAGAAACAGCUGUGCUAGACUGUGGCUUGGAUAAAACCUGGGGGAAUGAAGAAAUCUAUUGGUGGACACCCCGUGGCAGAAUUUCCAGGGAUAACUGGCUUCCUCAUAUUAGACAGGAUGAAAUGAAAAACUUAAUACACAAUAUUGGGAAAACUGCAGAAGCUCUAUAUGCAGGUAUUUGUAACAAAAUGAAGACAAAAUAUCUCAUCUAUGACAUAUAUGUGAAGCAAAAAUAUUCACCAUCCUUGGUUAGAAAUGCCAGAGACAUCAAUGCUGUUAUUAGAAAAGGAAGAACAGAAAGAGACUUCACCUUGGCAGUCUGUCUCUCAGUGCUCAUUACAUUUGUUUGUGCUUUUUGUCUUGGUGCUUUCACUAGACCUUACAUUGGCAGACUCUGGAGACAAAUAUGCAGAAAGAAAAGCUCAGCUUCAGAAAAUACAUUUUCUAAUCAAGGAUUUUCAGCUGAAAGCCUGACAAGAGAGAACACUACAAACACACAAAUAAACGUACUGCAAAACUUGUCUUUUUGUAGCGGAAACUCUUCAAGAAAUGUAGGCUCUUGCAUUGUGAAAGCCAAUAGCUUGCAUAAAGUUGUCUUUCACAACAGUGUGCUUGCACUAAAUACAGAAGAAGCAAACCAAGAUCAAAGCAGCAGCUAUAUCAAAGUAAAGAAAGAAAAGGUGUCUCAGAAUAGCCAGGCAACUAAUUCUGCUGGUGAAGCAGAUAUAGACAUUGAUAAUAAUGACAUUUUUUCUGCAAUGUCAGAUCAUCAGUGUCACAAUAAAGCCUUUCAAAGAGAAUUAUCAAAUAAUGACAUUUCAUCACGUGAUGAUUCAAAAUACCUUUUUAAUGAAGAUUCAGGAAAAAGCAGGUUCUCUCCUAUAGCAAAUAGAUUUAACAUGGACUCUUACUCGCUCCACAUUGAAUCUUCAGAUUUAAAUUCACCAUUUGCAAGAGAAACUAACUUUCCAUUUUCUGAAGCACAAAUACAAACAAACGCACAAAGUUCUGAAUACAGCGAUGUAAACAACAGGUCUAAUCUGUUGCAGUCUGAAAUUGCAGAGUCUCUUCAGGAGAAUAUGAGACAAAUGACUUCCCACACUCAGCCACUGAAUACUCAACAAUUUGUGCUCAAAAGGGAUAACUGUGAUAAAGAGCUUGAUGUAAAGGACAACAUAGAUAUGCUCAAUAACAGUGAGAAUUUUAUUUUACCUUCUAGCUGUGAAAGUGGUAUAAAUAUUGAGAAUUCACAUACCUACCAAACACAGAAAAAUUCUGCUAGUAUUCAAGAGCUUAAGUGUAAAGAAGAAAAUACUAGAAAUAAAGACAAUCCAGUGGACAUGUUUAAUGACAGCAGUUCCACAGAUGAAGGGUCUGCAUUCGCACUGAGUGAUUCCAGUUCUUUAACAGAAAGUGAACUGGGGCAAUCUAAUGCUGGUGAUGAUCAUCAUCUGACCAACCCGUCAGUAACAGAGCAGGUGAUUAGCUUAAACAGUGGUAUUACUGGCAAGUUCACCACAUUGCCACAGAGUCCUACCAUUACUACUGGAUUUCAAGAUAUUAUGCAAAAACAUCAAAGUAAGAAUGAAACAUAUUCUGAAACAGCUAUUAUUUCUGGAUCAGGUACUGGCAUGUCUGAAACAUAUUCAUCUGUUCUUCAUAUAGAUUAA